AUGGUCAACGAAUCACCAAUCCACUUAUCCACCACUGUGCAACCUCAUACGUGCAAAUUGCGGAAUAUACAUUGGUCAUUGGGCAUAUUUACGAAAGCGACUUCCUUUAUCGAGGCGGAUUGCGGCUUCACUGUUUCCCGCUCGGACAUUAGUGCAAGCAAGAGAGAGAGAGAGAGAAAGAGAGUGAAAUACGUUCUGGUGACCGGAGGUGUGGUCAGUGGGCUCGGCAAAGGAGUCACCGCAAGCAGUAUAGGUGUCGUCCUCAAAGCGUGUGGUCUGCGUGUCACCUCCAUCAAGAUUGAUCCUUACUUGAAUAUGGAUGCGGGCACUAUCCCGUUUGAACAUGGGGAGGUUUUUGUACUCGACGAUGGUGGAGAGGUUGAUUUAGAUCUUGGAAAUUAUGAACACUUCUUGGAUGUGACCCUGACAAGAGACAACAACAUAACCAGGGGAAAAAUUUAUCAGUCUGUCCUUGAGAAGGAAAGAAGAGGCAAUUAUCUAGGGAAAACUGUUCAAUCUCUAUCACUAACUAGUCUGGAUCCGUCUAGUGUUGAUGAAGCCGGGCUCCGUGGAUCGUCAGUAGCCUCCCAAGUGCUUGUGUUUUUCAAGGGAAUACGACGGUUGCAAGGCAAGGGAGGACGGAACGAUCUGACGGCCUUUAAUGAAGGCAGAUUGAAAAGAUAUGAGGUUUCCUUCAUUAUCUUUGAUGGCAUUGAUCCGGUGGGUUCUAGCAUUUUGCUUGGUAAUGGAGUGAUAGAAACGGGUGUUCCUGUCGCCCUCAUUAAUAAUGCAGCAUGUGUCUUGGUUCCUGGUGGACUUGGAGAUCGAGGUGUGCAAGGAAUGAUAUUGGCUGCAAAAUAUGCCAGAGAGAAUCAUGUCCCCUAUCUUGGGAUUUGCUUGGGAAUGCAGAUUUCUGUCAUUGAGCUUGCUAGAUCUGACCUUGACAAACUAGAAGGAGCUGGCCUAAAAUUUGUAGGAAAAGAUGAAAGUGGAAAAAGAAUGGAGAUUCUAGAAUUUUCAAGUCAUCCAUUCUAUGUGGGAGCGCAGUUUCAUCCAGAAUUCAAAUCAUGGCCUGGGUGGCCUUCUGCUCUAUUUCUAGGUCUUGUACUGGCAGCAACAGGACAGUUGGAGCAUAUAUUUAACAAGCAUCAAAAUGGAAGUUAAUAUGGCACUUAAGCAUCUCACAACG